AUCUCUCUUGGUGCCAAUACAUAUAUCUGGCCAAGCAUCCCUGCCAUCAAUCAACUUACAUUAACUAUAGCACCAUAUUAACCCACUGUAUUACAAUGAGCAAGUGCCCGGGUUUUUUCAUCAACAUUGGCAAAGAGGCCAGAGAUCUUCUUCACAAGGGUUAUGGCCAACAACCUCCGGUUCAUUUUCAUCAACAAUUUAUCGACAUGAACUGUGACUUGAGCUGUGAUGUCUCCUGUCGAAAUCGAAAUUGUCUACCAACUUAUAACAGUAACUAUCUCCAUCCUGAUUGUGACAGUUGAAGAUAUCGUCCCCGGUUUUGGAACGGCUUUCAAACUCAUUGCUCCUUACACUGGCAAAGUGGAACUGCAAUAUUUACAUGACUAUGCUGCGGUUACAGCAGGCACCGGAGUAAUAGCGAAUGCUUUCAGAGGAUAUGACCCGAUUAUAAGCUUUUCAGGGGUGGUAGGAAGCACUCCUAUUUCUCUUGGCGCCGAUCUUGUGUACGACGUAUCGGCAAAAACAUUUAACAGAUUUGAUGCUGGUCUAAGCCUCAGACUCUCUUCCGUUGUAGCUUCCGUGACCGUAAAUGACAAGCUGAACACUCUGAGAGCUUCAUUUUACCACACAGUGAAUCCCCUGAAUCAGACAGUGGUCGCUGCCGAACUGAAUCACAGCUUUUCGAUCAAUGACACGAUCUUCACUAUGGGAUCGCAGCAAGCAAUAUUCCCUUCUACAUUAGUGAAGGCUCGAGUAAACACGAAAGGCAAAGUGGGUGCUCUUAUUCAGCAACAGUUCUUUCAAAUGCUCUCUCUGAGCAUUGCCGGAGAGGUGGACUUUCACCCAAAUUCCUUAAACUGGAUACCGAAGAUAGGACUGACUAUUGCUUUGAGGCCAUAGAGUAGGGAAAUGAAAGAGAACAGCACCCGUUUGCUUCCAGCUCAGCCCGAGUCAAUUACUUCCAUUUACCUGUCUGCUAAUGCUACAUAUGGUGGGGCAAAUCAUGCAAUCCUCAGAGAUCUUUAUGAACUUGUACCGGAUUAAUGAGUUAUAUACUGGGAAAUGAGAUUCUAUCACUA